CAACCUGUUCCUCUUGCUCGCUCCCAUCUUAUCUUGAUCUUGAUCUUUAUUUUGCGAUUAUAUCUUAUUCAUCGCUUCUUACUGCCAGCUCUGCUGGCGUCAAUUUAGCUACUCGCCCGCCAUGGUCAACGUUUUCGCUGUGCCAGUCUUCUUCAUUUGCUUGCGAGAAUGCUUAGAGACAAGCAUCAUUGUAGCCGUCUUGCUGUCUUUCUUGAAGCAAACCCUUGGUCCUGACCGGGAUCCUAAAGUCUACAAGUCCUUGGUCAAGCAGGUCUGGGUUGGUAUUGGAGCAGGUCUGGGGAUAUGCAUCGUCAUUGGAGCCGGUAUGAUCGGUGCCUUCUACGGGCUUCAGAAGGAUGUGUUUGCCAACACCGAGGACAUUUGGGAGGGUGUAUUUUGUCUGGUUGCAUCCAUAAUCAUUUCUUUGAUGGGCGCUGCACUCCUUCGGGUUUCAAAACUCCAGGAUAAAUGGCGAGUAAAAAUUGCCCGAGCAAUUGAAGCCAAGGAUCGAUCCGAGAAGCCUGUUCAGGGUCGAUUCAAGACCUGGACCGAGAAAUACGCCAUGUUCCUUCUACCCUUCAUCACCGUGUUGCGCGAAGGCCUUGAAGCCGUUGUCUUCAUCGGUGGCGUUGGACUCGGUCUGCCAGCAGAAUCAUUUCCGCUCGCUGUCCUCUGUGGCCUUGGUGCUGGAGCCUUGGUCGGCUUUCUUAUGUACAAGGGUGCCAAUCGAACCUCCUUGCAGAUUUUCCUGAUCAUCUCCACCUGCUUUCUCUACCUCGUCGCAGCUGGCCUGUUCACUAGGUCUGUUUGGAGUUUCGAGAACAAUGCGUGGAACAAAAUCAUUGGUGGUGAUGCAGCGGAAACGGGCGCAGGCCCCGGUUCAUACGACAUCCGUAAAAGUGUCUGGCAUCUUAACUAUGCCAACCCUGAAAUUAAUGGUGGUGGUGGCUGGGGCGUCUUCAACUCACUCUUUGGCUGGACAAACUCUGCGACUUACGGCUCAGUGAUCUCAUACAACCUUUACUGGCUAGUGGUCAUUGUUGGCUUCCUAUUGAUGAGUUACCAAGAGAAGAAGGGUCAUCUGCCGUUCAUGAAGGCUAAGACAACGUCCGCAUCUGUCGGUGAGAGCAGUGAUUUGGACAGUGAGGCCAAUUCUGGAAAGGGAAUCGAGACUGAGAAGUCAGCCGUGCCAACAUCAUCAAACGUUCGAGAGGUGUCCGAGUAA